GGUUGUCACCGAUCAAUCUCGAGAAGAGAACUGCUCGGAUGUUUGCAUGUGCGCAGUUUGCUGCUAGUUGAAGGACUUCGUUUGGCUCUUCGGCUUGUACGUGUACCCCUUUGUAUAAUCGUUAUUCGAAUUGAAAAAUUGGUGCAUUUAGUGACAUUGAUCGUUGCGUUUGGCACAUGACGACGUAAAUUUUAUCUAAGAUUUAAUCUUAAUAAUUUACGAAAGUAACGAGAUAAUAAAAAGGGAAUAGAAACAUGACUAUCAUCACGAAAGCUAUCAGUGAGAAGAAGGCGUCGGACAAAAAGGAGCAGCCAUUGUUUGUAGAAGAAACUGCUGCGGAUUCUUCAAAAACCGAUUUGGAAGCACAAACCCAAAAACCUAACGUUGGUAGACAUUACUUUGUUGCGCGCAGAAAUAUCCAUAGAAUUCAUGUGACUGCUACGUUCUCAUUGUUCCUUAUUGCAUUGAUGAUAUUAAUAAUCGGUGUAAUAGGGGGUCUUUAUAUAUACAUACAAUAUGCCAGAGCACAAAUACAUAGAUUCCGUACUGGAUGGUAUAGCAUUCCCUAUGAUAAAACGCCGUACAGCGGUGAUAGUAUGCAUCAGGCUAUCAUCGCUGAUUCUAAUUUGUUCAAGAAUUUUGCUAGAGGUCCUGAACCAGAGGAAAUGGAUCUUGAAAAUAAUGUAGACAAUAAUAAGAGUUUUAUUAAGGAACGUUUUGAAAUUGAUCUUGAAAAUGAACAUUACGAAAAGAUUGAUGUGCCAGAUUUUCGUGGCGGUCGUCAAGGACGUUUUAUACAUGAUUUUAACAUUAAUAAAACCGGAAUUAUAGAUAUCGAUGGUCAAUGUUGUUUCGUUAUGCCGUUGAAUCGUCAACGAGUUUUGCCACCGCAUAAUCUUUAUGAUCUUCUUAGAAAAAUGUUUAAUGGUUACUACGAAGUGGAUACAGAUAUUGUACGUGAAACUAUGAAAGUUGUUAUUCCGCCUAUUACUGAUAUGUCUACUGUCGGAACAUACAUUGCUCGUGAAUGCCAAGAUUUGCCAACGUAUAUGCUGAGAAAAGUUAAUCCUACUGUUGUUAAGAGGAGCGCAUCGAGCGGUAUUUUUGCACAAUUUGCUGGGAAAGAUAUCGUAGAAAUUGAUAUUUUGAAUUUGAACGAAUUCCAUAAGUAAAAAGAAGGAAUUUACAUUUUUUAGGCAAUUAAGAUUCAGUAGAUUGAUGUAAAAAAAAAAAAAAAAGAAAAAAAA